UAACUUUCAACGAAGAUUUGGACUUUGAAGAAAAGUGUCUUUCUUAUAUUUUUUUCAAAUAGUUGACAAUGGUUUAUAUAUAGAUGUGAACUAAAAACUAAGUGAUAAUUGUGCAAAUCUUCCUUUGCAGUGUUCUAAAUGCUUACAUUUUAGAGCUGUAGUUACAGAGCACAUACUUUAUGAAACUAUAUAUAUCUAUUCAGUAUCAACAAAGAGCUUACAAUUGUUUUGUGAAAACAUAGGAUUUGUUAACAUGACUUCUUAAAUUUUAUUCUUGAUAGUUGAUAAACAAAAGUUUACAUACAGCAACAUGAAAAUGUAAGUGUAUUGUUUUUUCUUAAGGGCCAAGUUUAUUAUAAAUAACAGAGAGUUCAAGUAUUUUAAAAAUGUCUUUUUUGCAAAAAGAAAUGAUCAAGUCCAAAGCAAACAGUAUGCAUGAUCCAUCAAGAUUGUCAUCAAGACUUUUGCAACACAGAGGUCCAAUUCAAAAAAGAGAUUAUGAACCAGUUUCAUGGACAGAGUACUUUAGUGAAAGAAAACCAGUUGAUGUGAAUGGUGAUAUUUUUCAUGUCUACCAGCAAGGAACCGAAGGACCUUUAUUAGUAUUAUUACAUGGAGGUGGUUACAGUGCAUUGACAUGGUCUCAAUUUACAAAAUGCAUAAUUGGCUUAGUAACAUGCCAGGUUUUGGCAAUUGAUAUGAGAGGUCAUGGUGGUACCACUACUAAAAACGAUGAUGACUUGUCAAUCAAUACUUUAUCCACUGAUGUUGCCAAAAUAUUAGAAAUUGUAUCAAAUAAUCAGCCAGUGAUUCUUGUUGGUCAUAGCUUGGGUGGCGCUGUUGCAGUCAGAUCGGCUCCUCUCAUUCCAAACAUUGCUGGUGUUGUUGUGAUAGAUGUAGUGGAAGGAACAGCUAUCGAUGCUCUUAGAUCAAUGCAAGGUUUCUUGAGAUCCCGCCCUUCAUCAUUUUCAUCCAUAUCCAAAGCAAUUGAGUGGUGCGUUCGCAGUGGCCAAAUAAGAAAUAAUCAUUCAGCAAAAGUUUCUGUGCCAGGACAAAUAAAAAAUGUAGAAACUGAAGUCUUGGGAGCUGAUGAUUUAGAAUCAAAGUCUGAAGCUGAAGAUAUCAACACAAACUCAGCACCGCUUGGUGGACCAAUGGGAGUUAUACCAGAAGGUGAAUUGAGUACCUCAUCUGCACCUACCGAUGUCAAUACAACCAAGUACACAUGGAGGAUCAAUCUUGCAAAGACAGAAAAAUAUUGGAACGAAUGGUUUGAAGGUUUAUCUGCAGCUUUUCUAGAUAUACUUGCACCAAAAAUGCUUUUGCUUGCUGGUGUUGACAGAUUAGAUAGAGAACUCACUGUUGGCCAAAUGCAAGGUAAAUUCCAACUGCAAGUUUUAACUGCCUGUGGCCAUGCUGUACAAGAAGAUUUACCAGACAAGGUAGCAGAAGCUGUGGCUACAUUUUUAGUCAGACAUAAGUAUGCAAAACCUACAGCAGAUUUUACUUGGACAGUACCAGCUUGUUGAGAGAUCACCAUGAGCAGAUCAUAAGAUGUUAUGCAUUUCCAUUUCUUUGAGGAAAACAAAUAAGCUAUGAAAUUUUUGAGUGUCUCACGAAAGUGAUUUUUUAUAAUAAUUUUGCAAUUAAAACAUGUUACACUUAUAGAGUUGAACUCCACAUAUAAACAUGAGUACUGUAAUUAAGUUGUUUUUUUAUUGAUGAGAGAAAAUCAAUUCUUAAAAUUAAAUCAUUUUCACUUGUAUACAUAAGUUUCAAAAAGCUGUGGAUAAAUAAUACAAAUUUGAAAUAGUCUUUUUUUUAUAAUUGCUAAAAUGGCUCCAAAUAAAAGAAAGCAUUUAUG